GUCGGAAGGGCUCCUGCGCGCCUCCAACCGCGGACGCUGCGCUCGGGCUGACGCCGCGCUCCGGCCGUGCGGGGCUUUCUCCCCGUGGGCCCCUCCGUCGCCCGGGAUGUUCGUCUCUCACGUCGUGGCUUGCGGCUUCUUGGUGGCGCUGCUGGCGCUGGAGGCCAAGUCGGCCCCCCGACCCCGGCACAAGGUGCCCGUUUGGCAGGACCCCUCCAGGAACACGGCGGCGCUGGGGCGCGAACUGGCCGAGCUGCUGGCAGAGGCGUUCUCGGGGCCCGUGUCGCGCGGCGGCGGCGGCGGCGGCGGCGGCGGCGGCGGAAAGCCGGACUCGGGCCGGCAGCGGCAGCAGCAGCAGCACCGAUCCAAGGGCGCGUCGUCGACGUCGCGGGCGAUGUGGGACCUGCGCACCGACGCCAAGCAGGCCAGGCCGGGCUGGGGCCGGCUGGGCCACUCCGAGCACCCCCAGGGCGGAGGAGGAGGAGGAGGAGGAGGAGGAGGAGGAGGAGGGUCGCGGCGGUCGAGGGGCUCCAAGAAGGGGCUGACCAAAGGCUGCUUCGGCCUCAAGCUCGACCGCAUCGGCACCAUGAGCGGCCUGGGAUGCUGAGGCGGCGACCCCUGGCGGCGGUCUGACGCUCCUUUGGAACGCCCUCACCCCAUUCAUGGACAUUUUUGAACAUCCUCCCAGAAUCCUCCGGAUGGGUACCGCUGAUGGACCGCCAAGCGCAGACAGCGGGCCGGCUCGGCACAUCCCUGUUGGUACGAGGACUUGUAACUGAACCAGCAAUUCGGAGGAGGGGCCGUUUUGAUUUUGAACUUCCAUAUGCUCCCUUCCUAUCUUAACCCAUAUACAUAUAUAUAUAUAUAUAUCUGUAUCUAUACACACACAGAGAACCCCCCACCCCGAUUCCUCACGACAAGGGACUCUCGCCCACUCCCACGGACUGAGGAAGCCGGCUGCAUCCCGUUAAGAUUGCUGUUUGUACAUUCAUGUCACGCAUCAAUGUAUUUAUGUUGUAAAGCUAUUUAUAUAUUGUUUAUAAAGAGAUAUUUAUAAAAGAAAUUUUAUUUAUGUAACUAAAUGAA